AUGGUUUCGUGGGGUGAUGGCGAGGAUUCCUCUUCAGAGCAGAGCUCCCUCGGCGCUGAUAGUGUGAACACUACCUACGACUCUGAUUUCUGCGGUUUAGCUGAUGAUGGUGGCAGUAUUGUGACUUGCAAGCAUGGUGCUGUAGCUGCUCGAUUUGUAGCAUUUGAUGGUUGCUGGACAGGGAGGAGGUUCUUAGGGUGUGCAGGCCAUGAUGGAGAACCAGCUUGUGAUUUUCUUCUUUGGGUAGAUGGUGAGUGGCCACCUGCACUUUGGAAAUCAUUGGCAAAGUUGUGGGAUUUGUAUGGACAAGAGAAGCAAGGUAGGGUUAAUGAUGCUCUGGACAACAUGGAGAAGAGGUUCAAGCUCAAAGAUGAGAUUGAGAAGAUGCACAUUGACCUGAGGAAUGCUCAAGAAGAGAUGAAGAAAAUUGUGGAGGAGAAGCAGGUAAUACUUGCCUUGAAGGCCCAAGCUGAGCAAGGAUUGAUUGAUGCUAGGGCAGAGUUAGAGCAGAAGAAGGCACUGGAUGCAUCAAGCAGCAAUAUGCACAAAUGA